AUGGUCUACGUCCCCACCUGGACAAAGUUUGAGAGUGCGGUGAUCGACUUGUACAACAAGUCACCACGAAAGGCUCGCUAUGUUGUUAAGUUCGUGCCCAAGACGGGACAGCUCGUGCUGAAGGUGACCGAUGACACGACUUGUCUCAUGUACAAGACGCACAGCGCGAUCAUCCUGAACCGCUUCGAGUCUCUGAACCUGCGCCUCCUGUCUCAGAUGGCGAACGUGAAGCGCCGGGCUGUUCUCUCCCCGCCGACGCAGUCUGGGCAGGCGACACCCGCGACGCCGAUGACCGAGGACGACCCGAUGGGCAGCCCGAAGAAGGGAGGAUCGAGCCCUCGGAAAGGAUCCCCAGCGCCGCAAGCCCAGCCGGCUACCGGAGGCGGCGGCGGCAAGAAGAAGAAGAAAAAGGGAAAACGAUAG